AUGUGUAUGAAUGGGUUCAAAGUCAUCAUUAUAAAUAUAGUACAAGAAAGAAAGAAAGAAAGAAAGGAAAGUGAAGAAUUGCUAUUCUAUUUGUUGAUGAUGGCAGUAGUAAAGGUAGAGAGUGUAAUUGAGUGUGUGAGUAAUGAUGGUAACGGUAAUGGUAAUUAUGUUGCUGCUGCUGCUGUAGGAUUUGGUGUUGUUGUUGCUGUUGCUGUUGGUGUUAGGGCACAUAUUCGUAAUAGUCGUCGUACUACUACAACUACUAAUUCGAGCUCUUAUUAUAAUAAUGACUAUAAUUAUUUUUCAAAAAUGAAUGAAAGAUUGAUCGAUUCAUCUAAUCUCACUACCAUCGAUGUUUUUUCGAUUAAAUUUUUUUGA